AUGGCGGCCAACUCCUGCGACCACGAAGAGGUCACUUCCAGCUCCGCCUACAUCCCACAAUGGUGGCAGACUUCUUUGACAAGACAACCAAGAUCCGACCAGCCACAAGUGAACCCCGCGGUUACUGGCAACGAGCAUGUGUACAUCACCGCUGACCAGCUACUGGAGUGCUUACGUCAACUUGGUCAUGAAUCUGAUCCUCUCGGUGCAAAUCCACAACCAACCGGGUCGGCAUCAACCACUCCUGAGUCCAGUUCCUCUCAGCAGACAGCUCAAUUCCGGGAGAUGCUGGGUGCAUGGAUACAAACGGUCACACAACGCCUUUGCGAACUACAGGAUCGGGUGCAGGAACUUGAGAAUCGUCACCAGUGA